AUGCACUACACUUCAGUUUUCAGCGUGCUUGCCGCACUUGGCUCUGUUGUCAACGCCGCACCCACAUUGGAUGCUGCAUUUAGCUCUGUUGCCAACGGCGCACCAGCGUUGGUCAAUAGGGAAGAGCAGUCAACCUACACCCUUCAAGAUAAAAAGGCUCCGUUCCAGGACGCCGCGUCACUUCCCGCUCUGAAUGGAGCUGAUACUGUCGACUUGGACUUGUCGGGUUAUACCAACAUGGGAUACCCAGAGACUAGUGACCAGUUCAAGUGCCAUGGUAGCGCUGGAAUCGUCUUUAGAAUUUGGAAAACUGAGCAGCGCUGCCAUCACCCUUACAUGGUGCCUUUCCUCCGGUUUGCCUUUGUAGAUUGCAAGGAUGUACAGCACUUCACUCCAUACCCGCCUGUGAAAGGAUAUAAGGCUUGGUGCAAGUAUUUCAAGUGGAUGGAUGAGAUUGAUUUCUAA